GGCCCGCGGCGGAGGGAGGGGAGGCCGAGUGCUGGAAGCGGAGCUCCGCGCUGGGACUGGUUCCUUCGCAGCCAUUUUCUGUCCAACCAAACAGCCGAUUGGAGACGGGAGCCAACCAGGGCUGCAUUGGAGGUGGAAAUUGGGCAAGUAUUAGACACCGGUUUGGAAGGGUGUUCUUGAACACCCCUGACAACACCGUUCUGACAGUAUUUCAUGACAUUUUACUGAAGAAGAUUGAAACACUUUUUCUUCCUAGAUGGAUGGUGACAGUUCUACAACAGAUGCUUCUCAAUUAGGAAUUUCUGCAGACUAUAUUGGAGGAAGUCACUUUGUUAUACAGCCUCCUGAUGAUAAUGAGGACAGCAUGAAUGAUCAUGAAGACACAAAUGGUUCAAAAGAAAGUUUCAGAGAACAAGAUAUAUAUCUUCCAAUUGCAAAUGUGGCAAGGAUAAUGAAAAAUGCCAUACCUCAGACGGGAAAGAUUGCGAAAGAUGCCAAAGAAUGUGUUCAGGAAUGUGUGAGUGAGUUCAUCAGCUUUAUAACAUCGGAGGCCAGCGAAAGAUGCCAUCAAGAGAAACGGAAGACAAUCAAUGGCGAAGAUAUCCUCUUUGCCAUGUCUACCUUAGGCUUUGACAGUUAUGUAGAACCUCUAAAAUUAUACCUUCAGAAAUUCAGAGAGGCAAUGAAAGGGGAGAAAGGAAUUGGUGGAGCAGUCACAACUGCAGAUGGACUAAGUGAAGAACUAACAGAGGAGGCAUUUACUAACCAGUUACCAGCUGGCUUAAUAACUGCAGAUGGUCAACAACAAAAUGUUAUGGUUUACACAACAUCAUAUCAACAGAUUUCUGGUGUUCAACAAAUUCAGUUUUCAUGAUCUGAAGAAAUGAUGGAGUGGAGUAGGAGAAGCAAGUCUGUACGAUUCCGAAGCAGAGACAUUAGAAGGAAAGGACUGGGAAAAGCUGUCUCUCUGUAUAUCAAAUAGCUGUAAUGUAGCUUCCUGAUGCUUGACUAAUUGAGGUGUUAAUUCUGACUUGAGGAUCUUUUUCAUGAAUGAUUUUAAAGAAAAAUUUGGAUUUUAAAGGUAUUAAAAUAUUUUUGUUUUGUACAAGAGUUUGUUGCUCUGUAUGACUCCUGUAUGCAUUGUAUAUUGCAAUUUAUUACUGUCAGAGAUUUGUAGACAGUUUCUUAUUUUCAUAUUGAAUCAUGUUACUUUUGUAAUUCAAGUAAGCAGCUGGGUUAAUUCAUGAUGUUUGCCCUUUUAAUAAAAUACAAGGGUAGAGUUCAUUUUGAAUGCAAGUUGCCUUUAUUAUAAGUUUGAGUUUGUCUUGGUUAUAUACUAUCUUGCAUGAUAACCUAGCUAGAUUUUUAACAUUUGCCAUAUUUAUUAAAAUUAAUUUUUUGUAAAACAUUCAUAGCGUAAGCAGCACCAUUUUUAAAAAAUGUAACUGAAAAAUUAAGUGUGAACGCAGAAGCAUAUAUUGUCUGCCCAAUUAAAUUUGGUGCCCAUUAACAGUGUUUACACUGUUCAUUGUGCCUGUUAAGAUAAUUUUCGUUUAUUGGAGCUUUGUUAAGACUACAUUUAUUUAUUAUAAGUGUUGGAAUUCAUUUAAGUUUAAUGUAGUCCUAGUGCUCUUGAAAUGGUGCCCCUUUCAUUUUGUAUCAGAUUUUUCCAAAACAUACCUUACUAUCCUCUUCCAGAAGAGGGACUUUAUAGUCUGAUGGUAAAUGUCCUCAUUUUACCUUUUUAAUUGAAAUGUCAAGUUUCCGGUUAUACUAUGGGAACCAGGAAGCAUCAGACCUCAGUCUGUAUACUGACAUUUUUUUGCAUGGGUGAGUGAAUGACAUGAAGAAUUGAGUGAGUGCUAUGAAUGGGGUGAAAGAGAAGCCGCCAACUUCUAGUGUGCUGUCUUGAUCUUUGCAAUAAACUAAACUUAUAUAAUGUAACUUUGCAUAAUUUAGUAGCAUGUAUUUGGGUCGUUCCAUUUUUGAAAUAAGGAUUUGUAUUUUUUCAUCUUUUAGGUGAUAAUUAACUUGAGUGUGGUUUUAAAAAAAAUCAAUAAUUGCUAUUGUAUAUUUUGCCUAAAAGGGCGAGUGUUUGAGAGAAUGUGAUCUUGGAAGGAUGCUCAUAUUUAUAAGGUAUAAGCAGUUUCCCACAUAUAGGCCGAACAGAAGCAUUUACUUUGCUGGAGGCGCCUUUGGGGGCAUAUCUGGACUAAUCUGAGGUUAAUAACUUCCCCUCCCCUUUAAAAAAUAGUCAUCACAGAGAACAAAUAAGCAAAAAGGGGAGGAGUGGUGAAACAACCAUCAUUCUACUACUAUGUUGAAAUGACCAGUGUUAAUAUUUUGGUAAAUAUCAUUUGUCCUUUUACUUUGCUAAAUAUGUAUAUUUUUAUAAAAAUAGGUUCGUUCUUGCUUGCAUACUGUUUCAUAAUCUGCUUUUUUUCACGGAAUAUAUUGCAAACAUAUUUUCCAGGUCAUUAGUCUCCUAAUUUUAUUCCUCUAUUCUAUCGUGUGGCUGAAGCAUAAUUUAUUUAAUCCUCUAUAGGACAUUUUGACUGUAUACAUCUUUU